AUGCCGCCACUCAGCACCACGCAUGUCUUCAAGUUUGGACUUACUACGCCGCCUGCAACUGAGUCUCUGGAAGAACUGAUUCAACAGCACCUCAAACAAGCCGCUCGCAAAGUUGAGCUGGCUGCGGGUGACUUGUUCUCUGCCUCUGUCCCGUCGUCGGAGUCGUGCUCAGCCGAACCACGAGAUGUCGCCGCUCUGGUGACCGAGAUGGGAGACUACCUAGCUCGAACUGCCAUGAUAUGGUCCUCUCUCAUUCAAAGUCUCAUCCAGGGACCUCACAUUGACCAGGUUACUCUACAAAUACUAGAGAAGUCUCGAGCAGACACCCGGGUUUCAGACCUCGCCGCAUCCGUUUCCAUGGACGUGACCCUUAGUCGUCUUCGCAAGAUGCGCGACCUGGCAGAGCAGUACGCUCGAGAUGUCCAAACAGUAUGGACGGUUGGAGGCAGGAGGUCGAGUCUGGCUUCACACGCGCCCCGGAUGUCCAUCUCGUCACACGACGGCCCCCCAUCCGCUGCCCCAUCGGUGACCUCAUCGGCGACCUCGUUGGACAUGCAAGAGGCGCCUGAUACGCUCUCGCGCGCACCUAAACGUCGCAAGCAGCUUCCCGAUGCCGCCGCUGUACAGCCAACGCCGGCGUCAGACGCGACGGCAACUGGGGCAAAUCCUCCAGAGCAAGAUGAGUCAGACGACUACUCGGAUGAGAAUGAAUUUGCGGGCAUCAACAUGAAGGCCUUGAAGCAGCGAGGCAAAGGGAAAUACUACUGCCCCAGGGGGCAUCAAUGCGACAAAGGCGGGGUCGAUAAACAUGGCAACCUGAUACUUUUCGAUCGUAACUCAUCUUUUGCGUAUGUAGUCAUCUCCCCAUUCAGCCCCUGGCGGUGUGAUGUGCCUGGCUGUCCGAAUCCUCCCAAGAAGCGUCGGUUUGCGCGCCGUGACGGACUGGAGCGUCACAAAGCCACAGUCAAGCAUUACUUCAUGACGUGA